UUAUUUGUGACCGGUGAUCUUGUAACGGUUUCGUGCUCUAAAAUUAUCAGUUACUUAGCGCGGUCUGGCAACGCUGCAAUCAGCUGUUCGCCAAUCAAAUUGAUAAGAUUUCCAUGUUUUUCGGUUGAGGUUCAGGAGAAGAUUAGGGGUCAAGAUCGCGUGAACGAUUGUAUCUUCAAGUGGUCAGCAAUCAUACGAAUUUACGGGCUUAACAGGUAACCAGCAACAUGGAUGUGAAGGAACUGGAAGUAAAUAAAACCCUGCCCUUUGACCCCUCGCUGCUGACGGUGAAUAUCUCGCUGCGCCAGAUCGAGGAGAUCGCCACGACGAUCUCCCAGCGCUGCCAUGUGACCGGGGCCAACGAGAUCGCCUGGGCACUACGUGCCCUGAUGCUUACGGAUCUGACCACCUUGGCCGGCGAUGAUACGGCGGCCAAUGUCCGGAGGCUGUGCCUCCGCGCCUGCUAUCCCUUCGAGCCGCAGUUCUUCGACAAGUUCUUCGACCGGGCCCUCAUACCCGAGAUGUACACGGCUGCCGUUUGCGUUUACCCGGCCAGGGUGAAGGAUGCCUACCUGACGCUCCAGCAGUACGGCAAACUGGACAAGGUGGCCAUUGCGGCGGUGGCCACGGGCUUUCCCACCGGCCAGUAUGGGCUGCAGACGCGCCUGCAGGAGAUCAGCCACGCCAUCCUGGCCGGCGCCACCGAGAUCGACAUUGUGAUCAACCGGCAGUUGGCGCUGGUGGGCGACUGGGAGGCCCUCUACAACGAGGUGGUGCUCAUGCGCAGUGCCUGCGGGCAGCGGGCCCAUUUGAAGACCAUCCUGGCCAUCGGUGAGCUGGGCACCAUGGAGAAUGUCUACAAAGCAGCCAUGGUUUGCAUGCUGGCUGGAGCGGAUUUCAUCAAGACCUCAACGGGAAAAGAGACCGUAAAUGCCACCCUGCCGGUUGGCCUGGUCAUGAUAUUCGCCAUCCAGGAGUUCAAGCGACGCACCUGCCAGAUUGUGGGCCUAAAGCCGGCCGGCGGAGUGAAGACAGUGCGCGAUGCCAUCGCCUGGAUGACGAUGGUCAACGAGACCCUGGGAAUCCGCUGGCUGCAUCCCGAGCGGUUCCGUUUCGGUGCCUCCGGACUGUUGGACGACAUUGAGCGUGUGGUGCGCGAGGGCGUGAAGAAACUGGAGGAGGAGGAGGCCCUGCGCAACCUGCCCGUUUCCCGCGAGGCAGCUGCCGCCGAGACCUUCUGCAAGGAGCUGCGCAAGAAGAAGGAGGCCCAGUAAGUGGCGCUUCUCCCUAGCCUUUACUCACUUUACUCGGGGAGUGCAUUUAUUGUAGCAUUUUUAUACAACUGACUAAAACCUAUGAACAAAAAACCCA